AAAAAACUAUUGUAAAUAUUGAAAUGUCAGUCCACUGUCAAACAUACGCAAUAAAACAAAAGUACAUUCAAAGGGUUUUUAAAUUUAUAAACAAACAUAAAUAUUCAAUGUUUUUAAACAAUGAAGUGGAGUGAAGAUCAAACAUACCAAUUUGUUAAAACUUACCUGAAACAUGUACACUUGUGGAAUACAAAACAUCCAGAUUACAAGGCCAUGAAUUUAAGAAUGAAAUCUUAUCGAGAUAUUAUAAAUGAAUUUAGGGAAACAACCGGAAUAAAUCUAAACAUGGUUGAAUUGAAAAUCAAAAUAAAGAACCUGAGGUCCACUUAUACACAGGAACUAGCUAAAAUUAAAAGGCGAUCGAGCCCUGAAUGCACCUUCAGGUCCAGUUUGAAAUGGUUUACAUUGUGGCACAAACGUUUUGCAAACAUUAGAAAAGAUGAAAUUGAAACUUCUUACGAUCAACAAGAUCCUAUAGAAGAGUCAUCAGAAGUUUGGGUCUCUCACACAAACAAUUUAGACUCAAAUAUAGACCCAUUCCAAGACAAUGAAGAUUACAAUAGCAUUGUAUUAAAAGUUGAGCCAAAUGAUUUUUACAAAAUAGAAAACUCUAAUCAGUGUAAAGUUAAAAAGAAAAAAGCAAAACUACGGAGUCCUAGUGUGGAAUUCUCAGAUAGAACUUUUAGGGGUAGUAUGGACUCAUCAGAUUUAGCAAAAGAGGAUGAAUUUGAUAUUUAUGGAAAGUAUAUUGCGUCUCAAUUGAGGAAAAUGGAUGUGCAAAAGGCUUUAAGAGUACAACUUGAAAUUCAGAGUCUUGUGAGCGAAGCAAGAAUAUUAGAUUUAACAAACAAACAUUAAGAGGGCUUAGUGUGUACAAUGUGUUAAUUUUUAACUGUUAUACAGUUCAAUUAAAAUUUAGGUAAAUUAAUAAGUCAUACAAGUCUAUUGUGUGCAGUACAGAAAUUAGUUUUAACAAAUAGGUUAGAAGUGGUUGAGCAUGUAAAUAGCCCAACCAUUGGAAAGGAAGAGAAAGGCCAAGGAACAGCAAGGACGAGCAAGCAACACCUAUGAUGUACCUUCAAGGAAGACAGGAGGUAUUAGGUACUGCAAAAAACUACUUAUUAAUCUUGCAGAUGAUAUGAUGAGUGGCUUUGGGAUCCCAGAAGAUGCUCCAGAUGCCUUCCAUGGGCUAUACGGCAGAACAAGUAUCGGAAAAGGAGUAAAAUUUAAGAACAGAACUAGAAGUAAUAAGGAUAUUAAGAGGAUGAAUGGCAUUGUAUAAUAUUAUUGGAAGAUUGACAGCAAUGGCUCUUAAGUAAACUAUCAGAUCUGAAAAAAUUACAGACAUUCAGAUUUUAGCAUUUUGUUAUCUAGGUCCUGUUUACUACCAAACCCAUUUAAUUCAAAAGUUAAUAAACGAAAGACACUUCCUUAACAAUCAUUUACUAACUCUUUUUAAUCAGUUUUAGUAGUUAACAGUACCUACAUAAUCAAAUGUUAAACAAGUGAAUAUUGCUAUUUUUUUUAGAUACAAUAGUUUACUUGAAGGCAUGGAGCUGUAUGCUUGUUUGUAAUAAAAGGAGCAUAAUGGCCAGUAUGCGGUUUGAAUAGACAGCAUCUCUUAACUAACAUACAAAGAUCAAUUGAAUAAUCUUACGCAGAUCUUUCAAUGGAUGUUAAGGAGAUACCAAGGAACCCAACCAAUAGUAGAAUGUUGUGUAUAAUUCUAAUUUUAUUGUCAAUAAAACCAGAAUAAGUAUUUAA